UCAGCGAGGGUCAUGUGAGCCGUGUAAGCUCCGCGCACGCGAAAUAAAGGUGAUUAGACAAUUGUUAAUAUAUUUUAGUUAAGCUUUUAUUUUCCAAUCAUUGUUUUAUGAUUAAUUGAAUAUAAGCUAUAAAUAAUGUGAAAAAUGACGUGGAAUAAAAAUCACCGUAAGAAUUUGUGUUAUCACGCGCGGCAGCGGUUAAUCGACUAAGUCUGCAGCUUGCAGCUAGUAGAGAAGGUCAACCAACAAUCAAACACUGGACCUCUGACUGGUGAUUGGAAUCCGAAUAGGGUCUGAGAUUGAGAUUAAACUAAGAGGAUGAGCUGGGUAGUAACAACCCUAGGGGUUGCUUUAGCCAUUGUAGUCAUCGCUGGAGCAGCUUUUGCUUUUUACCGGAGAUAUUGUAUAAAUUGGAAAUGGGGUACGCGUAACAUCUGGAGUGUGUGCGAAGAAUGGAGACAGAGAUUGUCUUGGUUAUGGGCUCCACGAGAAGAGAAGGUAGGACUGGUGAAAGCUCAGCAUCCAACCGCCCAGACGAUUCCGGGACUUUAUCGACAGUCUGGUAAUACGUCUCAGCAUCUUUUACACAGCGAUAGUGAUCUUCGGUUGGAUGCUCAAGGAGCUUUUACACGAUUUGAAGCAGUAGAUCGAGAUCUUCAUCCUCCCUUGGGAGUCAAUUCAAGUAUGAUACCACCUCAACCAUUGAGACCAGCACCCCAACCAAGACCAACUGCACGGCCUAGACCUUCUCCAUUGCAAACGCACAAUGCAGCAGAGUAUUUACGAAUGCAAGAAUCAGGACCUGGCCCUUUGACACCACCACCAGUACCACGACCUACAGGUCCUCAUAAUCGAAAUGAUCGAAACAUGGCACCAUCUGUUUUUGUAUUUCAAAAUGAAGUUCCAAAAACGUAUAGUCAGCAAAGUAAACAAUCUAUUAAUGGGUUGAAUUCAUUACACUUCAAUUCACAUACUAAAUCUGUACCUGAGAGUAUUCAAACGACAGCUUAUUCUGUCAAUAAUCAAUCAGAUGUUAAGUUGAGCUUUGAAUCUCAUUGUGAUAGCUUAGAUAACUUAGAAGAAAGAAUCAAAGAUACAUAUUUCAGUAGAAUUAAUCGAGAGGCUCCAUAUAGACCUUAUGAUCUUAUUGAAGACACGGCUAAGCUAAAAUAUGGAGUUCCAUCUUCUCAGCUCAAUGAACGUGGCAUAAAAAAAAACUCUGAAAAUCUUCGAUCUAUUUCAAGUUAUCCUGAUUACAAGACUUCGACUCAAAAACAACAACAACAACAGCAGCAGCAGCAACAAGAACAACAAGUACAACAACAGCAGCAGUUGCAGCAACAACAACAACAACAACAGCAGCAGCAACAACAAAAACUUCAACAAGUACAACAACAGCAGCAGCUGCAGCAACAAAAACAGCAACAACAACAGCAACAACAGCAGCAGCUGCAGCAGCAACAUCAACAACAACAAACACAACAACAACAGCAGCAGCAACAACAACAACACCAAAUACGGCAACACGUAAGAAACGACUCGAGGGGGUCAUUUAGCAGUUUCAAUUUUGCCAACUCCAAUUCAACAACUCAAACAAUUAUGGAGUCGAUAUAUGGAUCCGAAACAAUUUCAAAGUUACUCCAAAAUUCACAGAUUUAUCCACAUAAUCUUGGAGAAAAGGAUGAAAUGAUGCAAAGUAUUGAAAUGACGCCAUUUAGAAAUGCAAAUAUAUUCUCAGAUGAUCUUAAUUAUGGCAUUCAUGGAAAUUCUAAAAUCCAGGGCCUGCAGAGAGUAUCACAGUAUAUACAGAGCUUGCCAGAUGUUCCUAUUUAUGAUUCGUUGAGUGAUCAAACACAUGAUGACCUUACAGAAGACGAUGGAGUCCUCACACCGGGUGAUACUGAUACGCCAAGUCCUGUUCCUCCACCAGCACCACCAGAUCCAUCAAAUCACGAUUCACAUCGAAAAAGUAGUCCUACUACUGGCGAAAGAAUAUUCAGUGCUCUUAGAUCUGUUACUUCUCAAAGUUAUAUCGAUGCGUCAGAAUUUUACAAUUCCGUGCUUUCAUCAGCUCAGCAAGUUCCAACGCUAUCUUUUCCUACAAUUAGGCGAUCGAGUCUUCAGUUAGAAAAAAGUGGUACAGUAAAUGGUAUACAAGAUGAGGUUUCGAAUCUCUACAUCAAUGGUGAAUCCGCGGCGAUUGGUAUUGAUUGCUCGAGGCGAACAUCCGACCUUUACAGUCCCGAGCUUAAUUUGGAAGCUCACCGGACCGCACAAGAGGUAUACAACAGCCUUCAGGAUCCCCCGGCAUCGCCGCUGCUUUUAAAAGACCUCAGCCAGGAGCCCUAUCCCUACAUGUCUGAUCCAAGUUUUACGAGAACCUCAGAGGAUAUAUUUAAUAGCUUGGAACAGAGAAGGAAGAGUAUGGAAAGACUUAACGGGCUUCAUGAAUACGCUGAGAUGGAAGGCAUUGAUAAUGUAAGAAGACGUAGCAGUCAAGAUCUCUAUAAUGCUCUUGAAGAAGUACAGUUGCAGAGAAGAUUAUCACAACAAUUAAUUGAAGAUUCAUAUGGAUAUUCAAACAUGGAUGUCGAAGGAAUAAGUUCGAAUAGCCGACGUAGUUCACAGGGACCUGAGCCUGAACCUCCACCUGAUGAAACAAACUUAAAGAGAGCGAUAAGUUGUGAAAGUGUUUGCUCAGAUACUAGUGUAAUACUUGGAGAUCUUGAAGAAGUUGCUGUUGUUGGGCUCAUUUGCGUUGGUCUUGAGUACGAACGUUGGGGUGGACGUGGAGCUGAUAUCGAGGGUGAUCUUGUCGUUAGUGUUCUUGAAGCGAGAGACCUCAUUGCUCCUGAUGGACGACCUGCUCAAGACACUCUUGCCAGAGUAUGCCUUCUGCCGGAUAGACAAACACAUGUACAAACCAGACUUUAUAGAGGAUCACCUUCACCAAGUUAUCAGGAAAAAUUUUUAUUUCCCCUCGAUGGAGGUCCGAUAGGACGGACUAUAUUAGUAGAAAUAUUUUCUGUUGAAAUUAAUAUGGGUGGCGGAGCCUUUCUUAUUGGUGAAGCAUCAUUAAAAUUAGGACCAGCGGUAAGACCACCAGCAACAACGUGGCUGCCUCUUGUUUCUCCAGCUCUUCCAGUUCCUCAUUUAGGAGAACUCAUGUUUUCAUUAAGCUAUUUACCAACUGCCGAAAGGCUUACCUUAGUUGUUGUCAAAGCGAGAAAUCUACAUACAAAUAAUCCAGUACCAGGAGAUUUAUUUGUUAAAGUAUACCUGCUACAACAAGGAAAGAAAAUGCAUAAGAAAAAAACUUCAACCAAACGAGGUGAGAAAAGUCCAACUUUUAAUGAAGCCAUGAUUUUUAACGUGCCUGCUCAUACUUUGCAGACAAUUCAAUUGAGACUGACGGUAGCUGAGUUAAAUUCCGAUCCUACAACAAAUACCAAAGCAUAUUCUGUGGGUCACGUAAUCAUAGGUUCUAAUGCGACGGGAAAAUCAUUAACACACUGGAGACAAAUGUUGGCUGCUCUCAGACGUCCAGUUGCAAUGUGGCAUCCAUUGAGAAAAUAAUUUUAUUUAAUAAUAUUGUUAUUAAUUAUUGAAUUAAGAAUGAAAGUAAUGCAACAAACUCUAAUGAAUUUCAAUUCGGGAUAAGUAAUUUUAUUGUUUUUUAAUCCAUGUGUAUUUUUAUUGCGAAAAAAAAAACAUUGUUCGAUAAGUAAAAAUUUAAUAUCAGCCUGAAUAUAUACUUUUAUUGUCAUUCGAUGAUUCAUUUAAUUAAAAUCAUUAAUUCAUACUUCUGUAACAAAUAUCAAUAAUUCAUCGUUGCAGAACAAAUCAUAAUAUUUUUAGUAAUUUAAAUUAUUUUUACUUUUACUACUAAAAAAGUUAUUUAAGAUAGUACUGUUAGUUUUAGAAUUAAUGUUCAGAAUUUAUAAAUGAUAUUAAAAGAAUACAAUUCAAUUUGUUUAUGAGCUUCAGAUCCAGUAAAUUAUGAUAAAACUUGUGAUUUCUCACAAGGCUCAAUACCAAAGGUAUGAAAUUACAAAUUUUAUUGGUUCACUGUAGCUCGUGAAAAAUUCAAUUAGAUCUUUUUCUUACCAUAAUCUACUAAUAUGCCGCAUUUCAUUAAAUUCAGAGUAGUCAAUCUAAACUAACAGUACUACCUCAAAUAUCAUGUUGCAGUACUUUGAUAUUUACUGUUUUACAGACCGAGCAUAACUCCAUGAGAAUUAUUAAUGAAAUUAUUAAUGAUGAUAAUAAUUAUUCACAACCUGUGUAAAAAAUUAUCGUUCCAAAAACGUUCAUGACAAUGAACCUCCAUCCCUAGUGGCAAUAUUGAUCAAUUCUGGAGCAAAUCUUGAGCAAGUCAAGGAGAAUACGGCGAAAUAUUAUAUCUAUAUAUACUGUGAUUUCAAGAUCGUGACUAAGAUAGCUACUAAAGAUUGAGGCAAUUCUGAACUUCAAGUUGAACAUUUUUGGAUCUUUAAAAAAGGAAAAACAAUUUGAUUUGACAAUUUUUUGGGUUUGAAGAACAUUAAAAAAAAAAAGAAUUAAUUAGGAAUCAUGAACAUUUGCAACUAAUACCAGAAUUAUUCAGGUAUUGGGCAAAAAAAUACAAAUGGUUUGGAAAUAUUUAUAAACAUUUUUUUUUACUUUUAUUAGAACUUUUUGGGAAAGUCAGUUUUUUUUACUUUUUGAAUUUUCCAAAAAUAGUCCAAAAAAUGAGCUUAUUAUAAACUCAUCAAAUUAUCAAUUCAAAUCCAUUUUGCUUAAAAAAUUUAAAAAAAAACCCGUAAGAAGAGUCCACUCUAGUUGAAAAUUUUGCACACUUCUAACUAUUUUGAAGUUCCAAAAAUAUUUAACUCAAAAUAAAGGGGUAAAAUCAUAGGGAGGUUAACAGUAAUUCAAAAAUUAGAAGUUAAUUUAGACCAUGAAUUGGACGUUUCGUCCCUUUAUUGAGACUUCUUCAGCAACUAAAACAAGUGAUUAUAAAUAAUUUACAAAAUUAUAUAAUUAAACAAAUAAACAAUUGAUGUUGCAAUCCCAUGGUAGAAAAUAACCAAUCACAAAUAUGAUCACAUCUUACCUUGAUCAUAUAAACUCUAUCGUCUACUACAUGUUUUUGAGACAUACGUCAUCUUGUUUAAUGAUAUAAAAAUUAUCAUUUUCCACUGCCCACCUCCCUAUGAUUUUACCACUUUAUUAAGUUGAUCUGGACAUUAUGUUAAAUGAAUAUGUUCAACUCAAAGUUCAGAAUUGUCUCAAUUUUGGAAGUUCGCUGUCAGGAACGUUUUUGGAACAAAAUUUUUUACACGGGAAGAUCAAUUAAUCAAUAUGAGUAAAAAAUUGAAAUAUAUAAGCCUACCAAAUAUUAUUGAAAAAUAAUAAAAAAAAAAAAAGAUAAUAAAUAAAUUAUUGCUAGUAUUUAUUGAAGCAUUUAUUAUGUUUGAUUUUUUGAGGAAAAAAAAACAAAAAAAAAAAAAAAAUAAAUAAAAUAAAACAAAAUCAAAAUUAUUUGAUUGCGCUGCUAAAUAUUGCAAUGUAUAACAAUUAAUAAGGCGAUAAUCGUUAAUAAACUUGAAAUAAUAAAAUAAGAUACUUGUUAGAUGCCAAAGAAUGGAGUGUAAACAUAUAUGACAAUUGUAAAAUAACAAAAAAAAAAAUUAAUUUUUCCAUUCAAUGUUUAUUGUUUAGAAGAGACCAUGAUGUCAUGAAUGUUGUUGUUUCCAAAGGAAUGUUAACGUUUGUACAGAGUUUAUUAGCCAUGCAUAAAAUAUGCAAAUUUUUUCUAAUUCACGAUAUAAACUCAAACUACUUCCAUAAUUUAUUCCAGAUUUAUAACAUUACACUUGUUAUAUUGCAUAGCCAUUAAUCAUUUAGAAAAAAUAAAAAAAAAAGUUCUUAUUUUUUUAAAAUCGUAAUGAUGCAACAAUUUAAGCACUAAUUAACAUUAAAAUUUGAUUUGCCUAGUAUUAUAUUGUAACCAAUAAAACUUUCGAACUAUUUACUUAUUAUACUAAAAAAUUUUUGACAAAAAUGUAAACGGUUACUGUUUAUCCUCUUUAUAAUAAUGAAAAGAAACAAAAAAAUUAAUUUAGGCAGCCUUAUCAGUGUCAUAUUUUAAUUAUAACAUCUAUACAUGUGACUUUUAUACCUCAAAGUACGAUAUAAAUUUUGUUCGUAUGCUAUUAAAACUAUUAUCUGUAUUAUAUUCAGUAUCUCACCAUGUGUAUGCUCAGGCAUAUUAGUUAUUAAUAAAUAUUACUUUUAAUUUGUAUUCAGAAACAAAAUUUUUUCAACAUAAAAAUAAAUCAUAAAUGAUGAGAGAUAAUUUAGUCAACAUUUACUUCUUCAAAAGGAUGAAUUUUGUUUCUUUUACUGUCAAGUAAUUUAUUGUGUAUUUAAAGCACAAAGGUCUUUUAAUGGUCCUAAAAUUUUUUUUUACAGUAAAAGAAAUGUUUUCAUUCAAAUAUAUGAUAAAUUUGAAAAACUUGAAUCGUUUUCAUUAUUUAAAUAACAUUGUUGAAUUUAUUCGCAAAAUAAAUAAUCAUUCAGUGGUCAAUAAUAGAAUCACUCGAACAUUAUCUACUAAUUUUUAAUUAUAACGCAGAUAAUAGUAUAUGAAUAUGGGAUCUUAAAUAUUAUAAUACUAAUUCAAAAACAUAAUAUUUAUAUAGUAUGUAUAAAUUAUAAAACAUUUUUUACAUUUACUAUUACUUCAACUACUACAACUACAAUUAAUUAUAAUUACUAUUACUUCUACUACUACUACUACUAUUACGAUUAUUAUCAAUAUUAAAAAACUUUAUUACCCAAAUACUAUAAAGUUAUAUACUUCUCAUUACCAAACUUCGCUCACUUUUUUAUCGCCUAUACUCUGAGGCUAAAAUACUAAUGAAUAAAUCUCACAUAAAUCGCAUUAAAAUAUAAUUCCCUUCAAGUAAUAAAAUACUCAAAUAUUCAGAUAAUUAUCUAUUCGCGAAAUAUAUAUAUAUAAAUAUUUAUAUAUAUUACAUAGAUAGAUAUUAGGAUACAAUUUUCUGAAAACUGCUGCAAUUAUAACCGCAGUGGGAUAUCUGAGCAGUCUUGAAAAAAUGAAAGGCAGACGUUAGGACUAUCGGUUAAUUGCGGCAAUUUUCAGAAAAUUCUGUCGCAAGAUCAUCCGUUAUUAAUACUUAUGUAUUAUAAUGCUUUUUAUUUGCGAAUUUUUCCUCUUUCUUACCCUAUAUGAAAAUUUCAUUGUAGACGAAAAAAAUAAAUUCUCUCAAAGUUUAAACCUUUACUUUUAAUGUUAAGAGCUCGCGAUUUAUUUUUGAAAUUUUCCCAUUUAAAAAGCAUGGGAACAUUAUUUUUAAAAAAAGUGGAUGUAUAUUUAUGCACGUGCGUCAGAAGUUAUACUUCUUUGGCAUGGCUAAAAAAAUUUCAUUACACAUGCAAAUAACAUGUAUAUUUAUGUUGAAAAAUGAUCAUACUUUUUAUUAAAGUUAGAAAAAAAGCAAACUUUAAAAAAGAUCAACUAAUCCAUAGUUCGAGUUGCCGAAUUAAAUCGUAAAUAUGAUAAUUUUAUGCAAUGUAAAAAAUUUUAAGAUUUCUUGUAUUAUUCAUCCAGCACUCAUUAAUUAUACGAUCUUAUCACCAUAUAUUACAAUUUUUAGUGUAAUAUGAAUAUCGAACGAUCAUAUAAAAAAAAAAAAAAAUUACAAGGAUUAAAAUCAUAAACAAAUACAUAGUUAGAAAUUUAUUAUCAGAUGACUCAUUUUACCCCUCUUUCUUUUAGUUUUUAUACUCGAACCAAUAUCACUGUGUAAUUUACGGUGUAAUACCUGAAUUAAAUUAAAUAAUUAGUAAAUAUCAGAUAAACAAUACAAGAAAUCUCAAAAUUUUUUAGUUUCUUUAAAAUCAUUAUUUUGACGGUUUUAUUGAGCAACUUAAACUAUGAUAAAUUUGAACUUUUUUAUCAUUGGUUUUAUUAUCUACAUUUCAUAAAAAGUACACUGUAAAAAGAGCGGUGUUAAAAAUGGACUCAUUUUAACUCCGCCCGGUGUUAAAAUAAAAUUACACCGGUGUAGGAGGAGUAAUUCAUCGGUGUUAAAAAUACCGGUGUUAAAUCGGGGUAACCGGUGUAAAAGCGGAGUAAAAUCGGUGUAAAAGCGGGGUAACAGGUGUAAAAAACGGAGUAAUAUCGGUGUAAAAGCGGGGUAACCGGUGUAAAAGCGGAGUAAUACCGGUGUAAAAGCGGGGUAAAUUGCGUCCGCUUGGAGUACUAACUUUAAAGAUUAUAAAACACAAAAAAUGUCAGUUCUCUAUGAUAAUUAAUAAAGAAUAUUAUUUAUUAACAAGUACAGUGAUCGAGUAAGUAAAAAUAUUCACAAAGUAAAAUAUUUUAACAUCGGUAAAGAAUAUCUACAUCGGCGGCGGCGUUAUUUUAACACCGGUCUAGAAUAUUUACACCGGCAGCGAUGUUAUUUUAACACCGGAGAAUUUUUUUUAACACCGGUACAGAAUAUUUACACCGGCAGCGGCGUUAUUUUCACACCGCUUUCGGGGGUAAAUUUAACACCGAUAAUUUUAACACCUACACCGAUUGGACUUACCCCGGUGAUUUUUUACAGUGUAUGAACAUUAAUCUUACACGGCAGUAUAUUAGUUUUAUUUGAGUUUAAAAUUAAAACAGUCAAAGAAACCAAUGUAUUUUAUUUUUCAAUUUUCGAUCAUUUUGGGAGUCGGGUUAACGUUAUCGGAUUACGCUUAACAAAAAUUAUUUUUUUCUAAGUAUAUAUACACACAAUUACUUAUGUCAAUGAAAUGUGUUUUAAUUUUCUUAUUAGAUUAAUUGAUUUUCGUUUGAUUUUAAAUAUAACAACUUGUUAUGUUGUAAACCUCGUGUUUGAAGGUUUGUAGAUAACUAGAUGGUAGACGAUGCGCGCAUGCUCAGUGGGUAUACCGCUAUUACCAUAUCCAGAUUCUGGGCCUCUUCUGAGUUAUUUUAGUCGGUACAGAAAAAAAUACAUUUAAUUAUUUUAGACAGCUAACUCCAUAAUGUCCAAUUUUCGUUAGCGAUGCGUACGCACUUUCGUUACUUAUUCAAAUUUUACUUUCAACGCGCCAAAUGAAGUAUAAAUUCAAAAAAAAAAAAAAAAAAAUUCACACUCAGCCGAGUUUUUAAUAAUCAACACUUUUUUAGGCUUCUAUUUGUUGGCCAAAUUUUGAAAUUUGUAAGUAUAACUUGUCAAAUUGCUAAUAAAAUUUUUUUUUGAAUAAGUCGAUAGCUUGAAUAACAGCAGCAAACAAUGGUUUUCGGUUAGAAUUGGGAUUAUUGAAGUUUGAAGUCUUAUAACUUUAAAACCAUUGGAAAUGCAGUUAUGUCACACCAGACAACUUCAAGAAGGGAUUUGACACCUAUAAAACGAACCCAAAAACGAGUCGAUUAAUAAAAAAUUUGCGAGGGAUAUUUCUUAAGAUAACGAAUGCUUUUUGAAUAGGAAAACUUCGAAAAUAGAUCACGAGCUUUUGAAAUUUAAAUUAAUAGCUCAUACUUUAUGAGAAUUUUUUUUUUAUAUUGUCUACAAUAAAAUUUUUAUAUAGAGUAUAAAGAAAAUAUAUUCGCAAAGAAAAAAAAGCACCCUAAUAUACAUAUAUACACUUUAAAAAAAUAAUUCAAUGAAGUAUUAUAAAAAAAAGUUUCAAUAACGAACCGACAAAAAUAUAAAUAAAUACCAUCUUCAUGUAAAAUUCUGUAUAAAACUUUGUAAACUGAAAAUGACAUUGUAUUGAGCACUGUUGUAAGUAAGCACAAAUCAUUAACCCAAAUACCUUCAAACGCAGACAAUUCCUAGCAGUGUUGUUUUGUUUCAAUAAAUUUUUUAAAUAAUCUAUAAGCAUUUAUAAUAUAAUAAUCAGUAAACAAUUUAUUGAUCGAAUGAGCUGAAUAUUAUAUAGAGCUGUUGAUUUUGAUUGAAAGCUUUUAAGGCUUCAAUAAUUUAUUGAUUGAAAAAUAUAGCACAGUGGAGUAUGUUUAAACAGAUGGAGAAUAAUAAUACAAGUAAAAUGAUGAAGAUUUAAAAAAAAAAACAUAAAAAACGAGAUAAGAAUGAUGACAAUAAUAGAGCUGAGCAACUCGAUUAUCAAAUUUGGUUUUAUUCAUUUCAAUUGAUGUUGAAAAAUUUUUUUUUACAGCAGUUCUUAACUUUAACACAUACAGAAAACAUGUGGAAUUGGAUACCAUAAUUAAAACAAUUAGCGUAUGUCAUAUAAUUUUAAAAAAUGCUACUAUUCAAUCAAUUGGUAUUAAUAAUAAUUAUUGAUAUUGUAAUAAGUGAAAAAUUUUAUUUCAAAAUGAGUUGCAAAGCAAAGCUGCCGUAUGAAUGCAUGAUUCAUAAUUUAAGAAAGAGAUAUUAUAUAACAUUUAAAUUGUUUGAUAUUUUUGUUACGCCUCUCUGUGAUAUGAUAUGGGCACAUUCACAAUACCCUGUACAUUAAAUGCAUUGAUCUUUGUAAUCUAUAACGACGAUAUUUAAAUAAAAACAUCUUAUUGAGAAUAAAAAAUAAUUAAAAUAAUAAAAUGUUACAUGCUGAGAUAAUUUAACAGAAUACAUAAUUUAUUAAAAUGAGAGAGAAAAAUAUUUCUUUCUCUCUUAUUGAAAACUUUUCAUACACAACUAUAUACUAUGGAAAUUAUGGCUGGAAAAAUAUAGAUUAAAAUGAAAUAAGAAAGGUAGAACGAAUUUAAUAAUCCAUACAAAUUAAUUCCAAAAAUAUAUUAUGAUAACGUAAUUACCAUUCAUCAAUUGUAUUUUAUUGUAAAACAUAAGAGUUUUCAAAAUUAAAUCAAUAAUAAUAAUACUAAUAAAGACAUCAUGAAAAAAUAAUUAUAGAAAUGCAGAAAUAUGCAAUCCGUUAUAAGAUUCAUAAUAUAGAUUAUUAUUGAUAAUGGAUUAAUGCAUAUUAAAUUAAAGGCAAGACUCAUAUAUAUAAGUACAUUACUAUUGAUUGCUGUAAAAACCGUCAUUGCUAAUCAUUGUUACGGUUCUAUUUACACAGUUCGUUUACUAAUGAUGAUAUUCUGAAAAAAUAUAUUUAAAUUAAAGACU